AUGCUCUGUGUAGGAAUGUGGCAGGUUUUCAGCUGCUGGGGACUGCUGAAUGCACUGUUAGAUGAGCAAUGUACAGAUAUCAUUUCUAUGCAUUGGCACAACAAAUCGGCAAAGACACAUUUCCUGAUCAUAGGGUAUGAGGCUCAUGGGAUUUUCAUAUGGAACGUUGAGACGGCAGAAAUUGUGAUGUCAGCGCAAAACAUGGAUGCGCCUAUUGCUAAUGUCUUUAGUGGUUGCAUGUCCAUGGCCAGCCAUAAGCCAUUGUUAGCUGUGCCGACACAGUGUGGCUUCCAGAUCUACCAAGUGCAGAGUAGUGAAUCUAUUGCGCUGAUCAAACAUGAGUUGCAUAAUGUAUCACCAUGUGCAUUCAUGUUUGAUGAUGAGGUUUUGGUGGGGAGUCAUGAAGCAGGUAAAGUCAAGUUAUGGAGGAUAAGUGAUCUUACUGAGCUACAGGCUCUUGAACAUGAUGCUGAUCAUGUGGCUGGUAUUGCGUCUUGGCAUGCAGCAUCUGGGAAAACAGUGUAUCUUGCAAUUGCCUCUCGUGGUAAAGUGGUCAUCUGGGUCUCUGAAAAUGAGAUUGGAUUGCCCUCAAAAUACAAUCUGACAGACAGACAUGAGAGAGCCCAAGCAGAUGGAGGAGCAGCUCGCGUGUUAGCAGCUGGUACAGCUGUUGUCGAUCCAGUCUGGGCAUAUGGGGAGCCAUUCAAAGCAAUUGCACUGUCCAAGUUCGAGCACGUCGCAGAGAUGUUGCGCAUGAUCUUCAGUAGAUGCGACAUGGCUCCGUGUAUGGCUGAAGCAGUAUACUACGGUGAUCUCAGCAAGCGGUUCCUGUGGUACAUGACACAAGUCGUGGCAUACAGUGCUGACACUUAUAGUCACCAUACCCUAGAAUGUCGACAUGCUUUUGGUCGGUGGUGGUUCAACUUUGCUCACAGCGAUGUUCAUCCUCACCAAAGUUGGCACCCUGCUCAGGAUGUUGAAGCGGUCCUGAGCAGCUUGUACAACUGUGGUCGUGAUAUUGACACCAUGCAUGUCAUGAAAUUUGCAAGACUUGCCGGUAUCAUGGAAGUUGGCUACCAGGAGGGCUUUGACAUCCUGUACGAGUCGACCCUGCGAUGCUCACAGCAAGCUUUCACAUCCAAUCUCACACAAUGGCAGGAGAGCAUGGGACUAGCCACCUACACCAAUGGCCUGGUGUUGUUUGAAAAAACUGAUGCUCCCCAUGUGCUUAAAAUUGCAUGCAAGGGUUAUAAUGAGAUUGUCGAUGAAAUACCACCUGUGGACUGUUCUGAAAUUGUCCGAGCAAUAUGGAGGCUGUCGCAGGUCAAUAAGAUGGUCACUGAAAUCAUCUUCUUAUGCAAUUCAGCAGAUGAUUGUCUGCAGAAGGAGACAUGCAUAGAAGAACUGCUGAAGAUGAAAGGUGCCUUCUUGGAAGAAAGAGAUGUAAUCUGGUCCUUGCACGAGCUCAUGGAUUACCUGCCAUGUGGGGAGUUACCACUUUGUCAGAACUGCACGAAACGUUGCCACGACCAUGCUGAUAUGCAGUUGAAAGAUGUGUGGAUUCAGCUUCCUGAAGUCAUGCACCACCAUGUUGACGCUUUCAACCACAUCCUGGAGAAACUUGCCGAGCACAUCGCCAUCGUCCUGAUGGGCAAGCAUAAGCCCAUACUCGAUCCCAGUUGCAUAAUGAAAUGGAAACCCAACGAGAUUAUCCAAAAGGCAGUUGCAUGCUGCCCAAACAAGUUGCGUGACCAGAAACUGGAGAGGCUGCAGAUAUUUGAGGAAGAUGACAUGGGUGUCUUCACAGAAAACAUCCUAAAAUGGUACUCCGCAGUAGUUGGGUUGUCCAUCCAAGUAUGCUACGUUUGGCCCUGCCUCCUCUUGAGCGGCUACACCCAGUUCCCCUUCAUAUCGAUCUCACCAUGGAAGAUCUGCUCACUGUUCAUGGUGAAGGCAUCCAUAGUGCUGCCGACAUGGCUCGCAAUGCUCAUAUGGGCAUUUGUCAAGGGAAGUGACAUGUCAUGGGCAUGGCUCAGCACAUUGAACAGCACCCUUAGCAUCUACUCUCAACAUUCCGAAUUUCACGAGAUACACCAAGAGCGAGUGAGCAUGAGUCACAUCAAACAGCUGGCUAUAUGA